AUGGCUUGGGAGUUGUCACCCACGAAAGAUCGCGCUCAAGAGGAGGUGUUGCUGGAUGUGCUCAACCAAGCGCAAACCGCACAAAACGUCAUUACACAGGCCAUCUAUGUGGUGACCGAUGUCAUUACACUCUGGCGAGUGUACGUCGUCUUCCAAAAGCCGAAGUGGCUCCUGGCCUUGCUUGUUUUCACCGGUCUUGUUGAAACCGGCUUCUCAAUUAGCGUCAUCUAUCUCGCCUCAACGACCACUCCAGCAUCGAGUGCACACCAGCAAAACGUAUACCGGGCUUCAUACCUGACAGCCGGCGUCUCUACUACGUCGCACUGGCGGGAGAUCAAGGAGUUCAUCAAUGCCUCUGCCUCUCGGCGUCUCGUUCCCAUGCUACUUCUCAUCGUCGAGAUCGGCGCAGUGUACUCUGCUCUUUGUAUCUGGUUCAACCUCAUCUGGGCCUACAACUCAUCUUGGAAUGAAACCGCUUUCUAUUGGUCGGGUUUCUGUAUGGUGACCCUGGCGGCCAUGUACCCGACACUUGUCAUCAUGCUCGUCGCUGCUCACGGUUCCGUCGUCGAACGGAGCUUCCAGCUCCCGUCCAGGGCAAGUGCCAUGGAGAUUGAUGGUCCAGUCAUUGCGACAAUUAUAGAUCGCGAGCCUGUGAUCAUGCCAUCUUCGCACCCUUUCUCCGAACGCCGGGACGACAAGAAGCUGAACGCCACGCUUUCCGCUGGUGAGAAGGCGGGAGAUAGGGAAACAGUGGUGGAGAUGUCUUUCUCAUGA